CAUUCGUAGAGAGGGGUCCGGCGAAUCGCAUGUACAUAGAAAUCAAUUUUACGACUCGCGACUGUUCGUUGUUCCCCGGGAAUGCUCUCAGCUGUAAGGAGACUUUCAGUCUACUCUACUACGAGUUUGACGCUGCCACCAAGGAGCCACCCCCGUGGGAACCGGAUAGUUAUAAACUUAUUGGUCGUAUAGCUGCCGGCGAGGGUAGGUUCAACACAAACACCGAGGUGGUGAUAAACACCGAAAUAAAGUCGAUUCCGGUGACGAAGAAGGGCGUCUAUUUCGCCUUUCGUGACCAGGGCGCUUGCAUAUCGAUCUUGGCCAUCAAGGUGUACUACAUCAGUUGCCCUGAGAUUUCGGUGAACUUCGCUCAAUUUCCGGCCACGCCAACCGGUCGCGAGGUUGCGCUUAUUGAGCAAACACGCGGCAUUUGCGUUGCGAAUGCCGUCAAAAUCGCCCAGCCGACUUUCCUUUGCAAGGGAGAUGGUAAAUGGUAUCUGCCGACGGGCGGAUGCCACUGUAAACCUGGCUACCAAGCUGACACGGACAAGCAGGAGUGCAAGGAGUGUCCGAUAGGCAAGUUCAAACAUGAGGCGGGCUCUCAUACUUGCGAGCCAUGCCCGGAGCACAGCAAAGCUUCCGAUUACGGUUUCACGGAGUGUCGUUGCGACCAGGGCUAUUAUCGGGCGGAAAAAGACCCUAAGAAAAUGCCUUGCACGCAACCACCUUCGGCGCCGCAAAACCUGACCGUCAACUUUGUCGAUCAGUCCACGGUGAUCCUUUCCUGGAAUGCGCCGCAUAUGCAGGGUGGCAGGUCCGACACGACUUACAGAGUGGACUGUGAUUCCUGCAGCAUGGGCGUCAAAUACAUUCCUAAUACCGAAAUCUUCAAUGACACGAAGAUCACGAUAACCGGCCUCAAUGCAGUGACUACUUAUCGCUUCCAAGUGUUCGCCGAGAACGGCGUAUCGUCGUUGGUCGGCAAAUCGGAAUACGUGGACAUUACUGUUACAACAGAGGCGAGCGUGCCAAGUCUAGUGAGCAACGUCAGGAUCACAAGUGUCAAGAGCUCAGAGCUCAGCAUCAGUUGGGACGCGCCAGAUAUCGGUGCUGGCGGAGACAACGAUCUCGUCGAGCGAUAUGAAGUGAGGUGUUACCCGCGCUACGACGACGCCACUAAUGCAACCGUCAUUCAAACGUCCGAGCUGUCUGCCACGUUCAAAGGUCUCAAGCCUUCCACGGAUUACGCGAUACAGGUUCGCGCUAAGACCACCCGCGGUUGGGGCGAGUACACGCCGGUGAUAUUUAAAAAGACACCCCACGCGAUGGGUUUAGAUUACGUCGGCGAGGAUGACAACAUGCAAGUAAGGAUAAUCGCAGGGGCGAUCGUUGCUGUGGUCGUACUUCUCGUGAUUAUUAUUAUCAUGACCGUUUUAAUUCUUAGAAGCAGGGCCUCGGACGAAUGCAACAAGAAACAACCGAGCGACUGCGAUACCCUGGAAUACAGAAACGGUGAAGUGCACUGCAAAAUGGACAGUUCACCGAUUGUGACAACCCAUACCAACAACAAGAGCAAGUUCUCGCUGACCACGCCGCUGUUCACACCUGCAGUGGGGGUCGCCGCGGCGGGCGCAGGCGGCGCAGGCGGUGCAGGUGCAAGGAGUUAUGUGGAUCCUCACACCUAUGAAGACCCGAAUCAGGCAGUACGCGAAUUUGCUCGAGAGAUUGACGCUGGAUAUAUCACGAUAGAAGCUAUUAUAGGUGGCGGAGAAUUCGGCGACGUCUGCCGAGGGAAAUUAAAAUUACCUCCCGACGGACGGACAGAAAUAGACGUGGCCAUAAAGACCCUGAAGCCAGGCUCCGCAGACAAGGCCCGUAACGAUUUCCUGACAGAGGCGUCGAUAAUGGGCCAAUUCGAGCAUCCCAACGUGAUAUUCUUGCAAGGCGUGGUGACGAAGAGCAAUCCGGUGAUGAUUAUCACAGAAUUUAUGGAGAACGGUAGCCUAGAUACUUUCUUACGCGCGAACGAUGGCAAGUUCCAAGUGCUCCAAUUGGUAGGCAUGUUACGUGGCAUUGCCAGCGGUAUGCAGUACCUCGCGGAGAUGAACUAUGUGCACCGUGAUCUCGCCGCGAGAAACGUGUUAGUCAAUGCCGCUCUAGUUUGCAAGAUCGCCGACUUUGGACUCAGUAGAGAGAUCGAGAGUGCCACAGAAGGAGCUUACACGACUAGGGGUGGUAAAAUUCCGGUACGGUGGACAGCACCGGAGGCGAUAGCGUUCCGUAAAUUCACGAGCGCCUCCGACGUUUGGAGUAUGGGUAUCGUAUGUUGGGAGGUGAUGUCGUACGGUGAGAGGCCGUACUGGAACUGGUCGAAUCAAGAUGUGAUAAAAUCGAUCGAGAAAGGCUAUAGGCUUCCAGCGCCGAUGGAUUGUCCGGAGGCUAUCUACCAGUUGAUGCUCGAUUGCUGGCAGAAAGAACGCACUCAUCGGCCGACCUUCGCCAAUCUCACACAGACUUUGGACAAGCUCAUACGAAGUCCGGACACAUUGAGAAAAAUCGCUCAGAACAGCGUGAGGCCGCCUGCACACAAUCCGUACUAUGUCACAAGCCAUACAGCUGCCGCCCAGGCUGUGGCGGCGGCGGCAGCAGCGGCGGCUGCGAUGCCACCAGGCCCAGCCGCGAGCACGGCGAGCCCGUUCGUAGACAUAGUCGGCCAUCAGGCCCAUCAACAAGCCCAGUCAGCGAUUGCCGUUCCAGUAAUGCCACCAGGAGCCGGCCGUAGCUUACACUAUCACACACACGCAGCAACACAUGCAUUGCCACACCAACAAUCACCGCUCACCUAUCCCAACUGGGUUCCAUUGGGUACAAAUCCAUUGGCACCAGACGCGGUGGAUCUAACGCAAUUGAAUUCCGUCAGCGAGUGGCUAGCUUCUAUCAAGAUGUCACGAUACGCAGAGAGCUUUGAGCGGGCGGGCGUGACGACGUUAGAGGCAGCAGCGCGCGUCACCGUUCAGGAACUCACGGCCCUCGGCAUAACGCUCGUAGGACAUCAAAAGAAGAUCAUGAACAGCGUGACGGCAUUACGGGCGCAAAUGUCCGCCACUUCACAGGGUUUCCUCGUGUAACCGCGACUUCAAAAUCCCGCGAACGGAUCGUACGUAGAAAUUGACUGAUCGGCACGAAACAUCGCUAUCCCUAUGGAUCUCACGAAUUCGAGGUGCCCCGACGUGUCGUCUCUGCGAAAGGCGAGAUGACGAUCCUCCCCCAUGUAUCAUCUAGGACUCGUAAUUACCUAGUCAGAGCGACGAUGUCCUCGAGAGAAUAUCUCUU